GAUAUGCUGCCUGUGCAUAAACCAGCACCGUGUCAAAGAGGCCCACGCAGCGGGAGAAGUCAUCUCCUUUACAGAAUUCAAAGAGGCCUUUGGAGUGAGGGUGGCAGGAGUGUCCCACAUCCUGGCGAUGAUGAGCCCCUGGAAUGAUCCGCGGUACAUACGAAGAGUUUGGUGUGUCUUCGAAUUCAGUGUCGCCAUGAAG